AUGAGCCGGAAGCUCGCCCCCGAAGCAAAUCGGAUUCUCUUCGUCAAGAACCUCAACUACAACGUAACCGCGGAGCAAUUAUUUGACCUCUUCGGCAAGUUCGGACCUAUUCGGUAUGGCAUUGCUCGUGUUCCUUCUUUCCUUUGCUCGACUACGUGGAUGGACACGCCGUUGACACUUUCUUUUUUAAAAACUAGGCAAAUUCGCCAGGGUAUCGCCAACAACUCCAAGGGCACGGCGUUUGUGGUAUACGAAGACGUACACGACGCCAAGCAGGCAUGCGAUAAGCUCAAUGGAUUCAACUUCCAGAACAGAUACUUGGUCGUAUUAUACCACCAGCCCGAGAAGAUGGCACGUUCAAAGGAGGAUUUGGCGGAAAGGCAAGAAAAUCUCGAAAGACUUAAACAGCAGCACGGGAUAGAAUGA